AUGGUUACUGUAUCUCUCUCAAAACUCAGCUCCUCCCACUGCUUCUGCUUCAGCUUCAGCUUCUGGCACAUCACCUACCUCUCCUCCAUCUUCUGGAUCGCUGCUUACUUGCAUCACUCCCUUUUCCAUUUCUCAACUAGUACUACUCUUCUACUACCAUCAGCUGAUGAUCCCUGCUCCGGCCGCUACAUCUACAUCCACAACCUUCCCUCCCUCUUCAACUCUGACAUUCUCUCCGACUACCUCAAUGUCAACCUCUCCUACACCAACAUGUGCCGCUUCAUCUCCAACUCUGGCCUUGGUCCUCCUCUAACCAACCAUUCCAUAAUCAGUAGUAGUGCUCUCUACUCCACCGACCCUUACUCCCUUGACCUCAUCUUCCAUAACCGUAUCAAACAUUACCACUGUCUCACCACUAACUCCUCCCUCUCCUCCGCAAUCUUCAUUCCCUUCUAUGCCGGCCUUGACUUUGGCCGCUAUCAAUGGGACUAUAACAUUUCAGUCCGUGAUUCACUUCCCAUUCAACUAGCUCACUGGUUGUCUUCCACACCUGAAUGGCAUGUUCUCGGUGGCAGAGACCAUUUUAUGGUGGCCGGUAGAACCACAUGGGACUUCCGAAGAUUCAAAGAUGAAGACAAUCUCUGGGGUAACAAGCUCUUGCUUUUGCCUGAAAUGCACAACAUCUCAACCUUAGUGUUUGAGUCUGAUCCAUGGGAUUCCAAUGACAUUGCAAUACCAUAUCCCACUUACUUCCAUCCUUCCAAUCACACUGAGCUGGUGUCAUGGCAAGACAGAGUCAGAGGUUUGGAAAGGCAGUGGCUUUUUGCUUUCGCCGGUGCACCUCGGUUGAGCUCAGACUCAAUCCGUGAGCAAGUUAUCAACCAGUGCCGGGCUUCAGCCAAGUGUAACUUGCUUGAAUGUGGGUCUGGACUCAGUGAGUGUCACUCUCCGGUCAGUAUCAUGGCCUUGUUUGAAUCAGCUUCAUUCUGUUUACAGCCACCGGGUGACACACCAACGAGGAAGUCAGUGUUUGACGCCAUGGUGUCUGGUUGUGUGCCAGUCUUUUUUGAUCGAAGAACGGCGUAUGAUCAGUAUACUUGGUAUUUACCAAGAGAGCAUGAAAAGUAUUCAGUGUUUAUAGAGGAAGAGGAGGUGAGAAGAGGAGAGGUGAGUAUAGAGAAGGUAUUGAGUGAGUACAGUGAAAAGCAAGUGAGAGCAAUGAGAGAAGAAGUGGUGAGAUUGAUACCGAGGUUGAUCUAUGGUGAUCCACGGUCACGACCGGAAGGUUUCAAGGAUGCUGUUGAUGUGGCUGUUGAUGGUGUUCUCAGGAGGGUUGGCAGGUUGACAUGA